AUUAAUCAUGGCUAUUAUCUCUCGUGAAGAGGCGAUAUGCUUAUUUUAUGCUGUGCCAUACAACCAGGAGAAUGUAAUUAAAUACACCAAGAUGAUCGAGGUAAUGGAAGAUGUUGAAAUAUGCUUUACAAGGAAUCCCAAGAAACCAAGGCUUUUGUGCACAAGAGUCAUUUACGCGAAUCGAUUUGAUAUUCACUUGCAUAAAUCUUCAAAAGAAACAAUUGAAAAUAAUAAAGAAACAGAUAAAGAAGUAGAUAAAGUUGUCAAUACAGAAAAUAAGCUAGAGAUUGCAUCUACACACCAGCUAAAACAGUUUAUUAACACUACGUAUUUAUCAACAGACCCUAAAUCCGAAGCAUAUGAACAUAGAUAUUUAUCAAUCAAUAAUAUCAUAUCAGAGGUGUGA